AUGGCAGGUCCUAAUCUCGAGUUAUUCAAGUUUGGCUUAUACGUUUUCUUUCCCAUUGCAACAAUGUACUAUUUCGGACAUCCAGAUUUUUAUGAAAAACACGUAAAAGGAAUAAAAUUCUGGCCAGAACAUACCAAUCAUCCACCAAUAACCAAGGAUGAUUUGCGAACUGAAUUUGCAAAACUACAAGCGCAACAAAAUUUCAGAAAAUCGGCCACAACCUCAAAUGAAGGAUCGGCGACAACACAGCAAGACUAA